CCCAGCAUCGCCGACCCACCCGGACCUCCGUGGGGAAAUGGAGGUCCUGGCCACAGAGACCACAUCUCAGCAGGAGCGGCUCCAAGCCAUUGCAGAGAAGCGGAAGCGGCAGGCCGAGGCGGAGGCGAAGCGCCGGCAGCUGGAGGACGACCGUCGGCAGCUGCAGCACCUGAAGUCCAAGGCGCUGCGGGAACGCUGGCUGCUGGAGGGGACGCCGUCCACGGCCUCGGAGGGCGACGAGGGCCUGAGGAGGCAGAUGCAGGAGGACGAGCAGAGGGCGCGGCUCCUGGAGGAGUCUAUCGGCAGGCUGCAGAAGGAGAUCGAGGUGCUGGAGGGCGCAGGCCUGCCCGCUGCCGCCGCCGGGGAGAGGCCCGCUGCCCCGAGCCCAGCCAAGGACCAGAAGGCAGACGUGGUGUUGGAGGCUCAGCAGGCCCCGGUGGGCACGCCCAAAGAGAAGCGAGUCUCCAACACGCCCGUGAGGCCGGUGGAAGGCUCCACCCUGAUGAAGGCAGCCAUGUACUCGGUUGAGAUCACGGUGGAGAAGGACAAGGUGACUGGGGAGACCCGGGUGCUGUCCAGCACCACCUUGCUCCCUCGGGAGCCGCUCCCUCAGGGCAUCAAGGUCUACGAAGACGAGACCAAAGUGGUCCAUGCCGUGGACGGGACCGCGGAGAACGGGGUCUGCCCGUUGAGCUCCUCCGAGGUAGAUGACCUCCUUCACAAGGCGGACGAGGUCACGCUGAGCGAGGCCGGGUCCACGGCUGGGACGGCGGAGACCCGGGGGGUGUCCAAGGAGCCCGUGCAGACCACACCGUCCAGGCGGGAGAUCCCCGGAGUACAGGCGCAGCCGGGAGAGGCCACGUCCGGCCCGCCAGGCAUCCGGCCCGGCCAGGAGCCCCCGGUCACCUUGAUCUUCAUGGGUUACCAGAACGUGGAGGACGAGGCCGAGAGCCAGAAGGUGCUGGGUCUUCAGGACACCAUCACGGCUGAGCUGGUGGUCAUCGAGGACGCGGCGGAGCCCAAGGAGCCCACCCCGCCCAACGGCAGCGCCACAGAGCCCCCCACCACCGCGGGCUCCAGGGAAGAGAACCAGGUGGGGCCCGAGGCCCCCGCCAGCGACCCCCAGGACCUCGACGCGAAGAAGCAGCGUUGUAAAUGCUGCUCCGUCAUGUGAGCCCCCCGG